AUGGAGAUUUUUGAUGAUCUUCAUCGUGAUGUUGUUAACAACAUUCAAGAAGUUUUAGAAUCCAUAAAUGCGUUGGUUCGUGGUUUUAAGUCUUCGCGUGAUGUUCUUCAAAGGGGACAAAACAUGGGACUUCGUAUCUCCGGUGAGGUUCUUUUUGGUGAACAUCCCCGUCGAUAUAAUCACCAAGUAGUUCCAGAAGUUGCUGUUGUUGUUCUUGACGAACAAUACAUGAAUUUUGAGUGCUAUCAGGGGGUCGUAGAUGCUUUGCAGGAAGACAAUGGAGUACGCAUUGGGCGUCGCAUUGUCUUACCUACAACAUUCAUUAAUUCCCCCCGAUACAUGCAAAAACUCUUUCAUGAUAGUAUGGUUUUGGUUAGAGUUUUAGGAAAACCCGAUUUGUUUGUGACAAUGACAUGUAAUCCGACCUGGCUUGAGAUUCUUGAUGAGCUUGAGCCAGGUCAAAGUCCUCCUGAUCGUCUAGAUAUUGUUGUGCGUGUUUUCAAGCUCAAGUUAAGAGCAUUGAUGGAUGAGAUUACGAAGAAGAAUGUCAUGGGAGAGACAAUUGCUUUUUGUUACACUAUUGAGUUUCAAAAACGUGGUCUUCCUCAUACACACAUUCUUCUUUGGUUGAAAGACAAGGUCAAUGACUGUGACCUUGUAGAUAGGAUAGUAUGUGCGGAGAUUCCCGAUUUAGAUAGACAACCGCAAUUGUAUGCCGCGGUUGCCAAGCACAUGAUGCAUGGACCAUGUGGUUUGGACAAUCCCAAUUGUCCAUGCAUGGAAGACGAUAGAUGUACAAAGAACUAUCCGAUGCAAGCUCGAGAUACUACCGAGGUGGAUGGUAAUGGACAUGUUUUGUACCGUCGUCGAAAUCAAGGUCGAUAUAUCGAGAAACGUAUACGUGGACAAAUUGUCCGUUUAGACAAUCGAUGGGUUGUGCCAUACAAUCCAUAUUUGAUAGGUCGGUUUAAUUGUCACAUUAAUGUGGAAAUUUGCAGUUCUGUAAAAACUGUCAAAUACCUCCACAAGUAUAUUUUUAAAGGUCCAGAUCGUGGUGUUGUAGAAACAGAUGAAGUGGUAGAUGAGAUUAAGGAUUUCUUGGAGGGUCGUUAUGUGGCCGCCCAAGAAGCAUGUUGGAGGCUCUUUGGUUUUGAAACUAAUAAUAAGAGCCAUAGUAUUUGUCGUUUACCUGUUCACCUUCCCGGUCAGCAAUAUGUUACUUUUAAGGAAGGAACAUCUUUGCACUCGGUGAUUGAUCAAAAUGCUGAGACUAAACUCACCAAGUUUUUUGAGCUUAAUUGCCAUAUUCGUGCCUUAAUUGCUUCUGGCAAUGAAGGCAACCAUAUGCUUCUUCGUUACAUGGAUCUUCCACUCUAUUACAAGUGGGAUGUGAAGAAUAACAUGUGGGAAAGAAGAGUACGUAAGAUAAAAGUUUUUGGUCGGAUAAACAUGGUUCCCAUAGGUACCGAAGUAUUUUACUUGCGUUUGUUGUUGACUCAUGUCGAGGCACCAACUUCAUUUGAGGACCUACUUUGUUUUCAUGAUAUAGUGUAUCCAACGUACAAGGCCGCUUGUAUUGCAAGAGGACUUUUACAAGAUGAUUCUGAAUGGAAAAAUUGUCUGCAAGAGGCAACUGUCAUUGCGUUGCCUAAACAAGUUCGGCGGUUGUUUGCAACACUUCUUGUGUUUGGAAAACUGCUAGAUCCUCUUAGCUUACUAAAGACACAUCUUGAUGCUAUGUCUGAUGAUUGGCGCAAUGAUCAAAAUUGCUAUUGCAAAGCAAUUUUGUCCAUUGAAGAAUAUUUGUCAUCAUCAAACAAACAUCUUACAGAUUUUUUUAAUAUCGAAGAAUUGAAUGAGUUUGGUUAUUCAAACAUUGUUGAUAUUGGCGGUGAUUCCAAUGACAAUAUUGAUUUUGAUAACCAAAACAUUACUUUUCUAGAGGAGGAUGUAGGUAGACUCAACGAAGAACAAUACAUUGUUUUUAAUGCGGUGACCACUGCCGUUUUAAAUUCUAAUUCUCCAGAUCGGCUUUUCUUUUUAGAUGGUCCUGGUGGUACAGAUAUUGGUGAGGGCAAAACCGGUCGAAAGGUAGAUUUACCGCUAGGAUUAGUUGCUCCUGGAAAUUCUUUAGAUGGUCUCAUUGAUGCUAUUUUUGAUGAUCCAGUUGAUUUUUCUGAGCGCAUCAUUUUGGCUGUCCGGAAUGAUGAUGCCCAAGAAAUCAACCGAAAAAUCACUGAUCGUAUACCUGGUGAUGUGCAUCAAUGUUUUAGUGCUGAUUUUGUUCACGAGAAUGAUGAACAUGCCCAUCAUUAUCCAGUAGAGUUUUUGAAUUCUUUACAAUUGAGCGGUUUGCCUCCUCACCAAUUAAGUCUUAAAUGUGGCCAAUAUUUGAUAUUGCUAAGGAACUUGAAUCCGGCAAAAGGUUUGUGCAAUGGUAGUCGUUUGCGUCUUUUGCAAGUGUCUUCUAGUGUGUUGUUAUGUGAAAUUGUAGAAGGACGCUAUCGUAGCCAAGAGGUAUUGAUUCCUAGAAUCACACAUCAUUGCAACGAUAGCCGCUUGCCAUUCACACUUUGCCAAAGACAAUUUCCUGUCACUGGUGCUUUUGCCAUGACAAUCAACAAAUCGUAG